UCCUGCCAUGCCGUUAGUUCGCUACAGGAAGGUGGUCAUCCUCGGAUACCGCUCCGUAGGGAAGACAUCUUUAGCACAUCAAUUUGUGGAGGGCGAGUUCCUGGAAGGCUAUGAUCCUACUGUGGAGAAUACUUACAGCAAGAUAGUGACUCUUGGCAAAGAUGAGUUUCACCUACACCUGGUGGACACAGCAGGGCAGGAUGAGUACAGCAUUCUGCCCUACUCAUUCAUCAUUGGGGUCCAUGGUUAUGUGCUUGUGUAUUCUGUCACCUCUCUGCAUAGUUUCCAAGUCAUUGAGAGUCUGUACCAAAAGCUACAUGAAGGCCACGGGAAAACCCGGCUGCCAGUGGUGCUGGUGGGGAACAAGGCAGAUCUCUCUCCAGACAGGGAGGUCCAGGCUGUCGAGGGGAAGAAGCUGGCAGAGUCCUGGGGUGCGACAUUUAUGGAGUCAUCUGCUCGAGAUAAGCAGCUGACUCAAGGCAUCUUCACCAAAGUCAUCCAGGAGAUUGCUCGGGUAGAGAAUUCAUAUGGGCAAGAGCGCCGCUGCCAUCUCAUGUGAGCCCUUGAGCAUGGGGUAGCUGCCUUGAUUCUGCCCCUGGCACUUGCCAGGCUCCAGUGGGGGCUUGGGGGGGCAGGCCCUCAGGACUUCACGGGUUUGUUUGGUUGCCAGCUGUGUCCCUGGCCCUCUGGGCACACAGUGUGGUACCCUCAUGUUUGCACA